UGGGGGGAGUAUUUUGGGUGUACAGUCAUAAGUCGGACUCCGAGGAGCCAGGAAGUAACUCAGAACCAUGCAGCGCGACUGAUAAAGUCGAGAGAGCGGGCGUUUGUUGUCAGUGGACAGGGAUCAUACGCUUCAGGUUGAAAGGGAAUUAUAGCCAAUUGCGAAAUUGAGCCUAAUCCAUUGCAGUGGCAGAGACUGACCGCUCAGUAGUUCCGAUUUGAGAGCAGGGAGAGAUCACCACCCUGCUUCAAUAAGGUAAAUAUUACAUUAGCACAUUGCUACACACCCCAUCAAAAAAGACGGAAGAGAAUAAAAUCAGGAUUGCAAAGGUUUUUCUUUCUCACAAACAAUUAAUAUUAACAAAAGUUUAUCAGCAAAGCUUCAAGAUGCCUCGGGUGGUCCCGGAUCAAAGGAGCAAGUUUGAAAACGAAGAGUUCUUCAGGAAACUCAGUCGGGAGUGCGAGAUAAAAUACACAGGGUUCCGAGACAGACCGCAUGAGGAGAGGCAAGCCAGGUUUCACACCGCUUGUAGGGACGGUCGUUCAGAAAUAGCUUUUGUGGCGACGGGCACCAACCUCUCGCUGCAGUUCUUCCCAGCCAACUUGCACGGGGAGCAGAGGCAGACGCCCACACGAGAGUAUGUGGACUUUGAUCGGGAGACGGGAAAGGUGUACCUGAAGGCCCCUAUGAUCCUGAAUGGAGUGUGUGUGAUCUGGAAGGGCUGGAUAGACAUGCUGCGCCUGGAUGGGAUGGGAUGUCUGGAGUUCGAUGAGGAGAGAGCACAGCAUGAGGAUGCCCUGGCGCAAGCAGCCUUUGAGGAUACACGUAGGAGGACCCGGGACUUUGAGGACAGGGACCGCUCGCACAGAGAGGACCUGGAGGACCCUGUGGCAUCAAAAAUCUGGGACUGAUGGCAUUCAACGACUAGGCCCAGGCGACAGCAGGACCCCAGCCCUGGCACCAACAUGGGUAACAACGCUGAUGAUCACAAGAUGCGCUAGAGGCCAGCAAGACACAGGGAGUGGGUCAGGGUGAUCUGUCUAUCGUACUAUGCCAGUCUCACACCCUGACAUCAAGCUGUUAACUGGAGAGACCAAAGUCCACAUUGCUGGGGAUUUGGGGGUGGGGUGGGGUGGGAUUCCUUUUAGUUUUAAAGUGUGGGUUAAGGGGAUCGACCCAAACCUCGUUGUCUUCUGCGGGGUUUUGCACUAUGUGAUACAUUCAGUUUAGUCCCCACUUCGCCUUCUGUAUGCAUGGAGCGCCUAUCUAUGUUUUCUUUUGUCCCCCUACGCAAAAUAUUUUGGAGGCACUUUCAUUUACAAUGCUUUAUAAAUAGGAAAUGACUGGGUGAUUAUUAAAUGGAACAUAUUUGUUCUUAAAUAAUAACUUAUUUCUAAAUUGAUAUACUGUAUUUCUAAUGAAUCCAAAUGUCUGUUUCCUUCUACCUUAUUAUUUCCCAGAAAGUUUGUUUUCAAGGAGCACCUGAGGAGCACUGAGCAUACAUUCAUUUUUGUUUUUCAAGUUUUGAUGAUUAUUUAUUGAGUAUCAACUUCCAUCAGGUAGUUUGGAAGUAGGCCUACCAUCAAGUGCAAGUAGUUACCAUUCAAUCACCUAUUUAUUUUGUAUUUAUAAAGGACUGUAAACGAUUGCCUAAAAGCUAUCUCUUAUCCCAUUAUAGCACUAUUUGAAUGAAAUUGUAUUUGAUAUUUUAUUCAUGUUUUGUUUGAAAGUCAUGAUGUUUACUUUUUGUAUUUCUUUUCUCUAUAUACAUACUGUAUUUGUCAGUCUUUCGGCUUUCGUAUGGGAUGUUAGUAGAAUAUAGAAAGUUGUGUUCUAGAAAAGUUACUUUUACAAAGAGGCACUUUCUGUCUUCCUGUCUCCUCUUUAAUGUUAUUGUAACAGUCUUUGAACAUGAGACUAGCAGCACAGAGCACACAAUGAGGUCAGUGCUGAGCUCGCUCUCUGUAAAUUGAGGCAAAUAGUCUUUCUUCUCUGCAUUGUUUUUUUAUUUUUAUUAUUCUCUUUAUUUCACGUUUCAUCCAGAUCAGGGUUUAUAACGUCUAAGCAGUAAAUUUCUCCCAGAAAAUGAUGCAAAGGCACAGCCACAUUGUCUCACUAACAUACCCAACAGUUUUGUUUCGUAUGUUUCAGGUUAUCUGAAUAUCCUUGAGUUUGAUCAAUUAUUUAGCUGUUGUCAGUGUUUCUUUCUCUUCCCCUAGUGGAAUAGUUGUAACAGUUUAUUCAUAUAAAGUUGUUGGUCACACUUUAUUUGGAUAGUCCCGUAUAGAUGAUAUACAGAUGGUCAUACGUUCAACAAGCUAUCUGAUGAUAAGGAACUGCUUGCUAAAGUUAUGGUUAAAGUUAGGGUUAGGUUUAGGUUUAGAAUUUAAAAUAAGGGUUAGGGUUAAGGUUAGGGCUAGGGUUGGGGUUAGUGGAUAGUUAGUUGAAAUGUUGUUGACAGUUAUUGAACAUCUACGAACCAUCUACUUGGGACUACCCAAAUAAAGUGUUACCAAGUUGUUUGUACUGGAGAUAAGAAAGAGCAAAAUCUUUAAAAGAGAUAGAAGGCUUGCAAUCCAACACUGUUUCAACCAGUCAUGAAAUAUUGGGAUGAAAUAGGUAAAGAGUCAGUGAGGAGAUAAAAUAAGUAAGAUAAAUCACAGAAAUACAGGUGUGUACGUUAUUCAGUUUGAACAGUGAUGGAUUGUACAAUCUGAAGCUCAAUAUUUGAAAUUAAAGGAGAAAGCUAAGGUCAAGUCUAGCAGCAGUAAUGUACCGGUGGUUUUCCACCAGUCAUUUGUAAUGUAUCAGCUCAGUAUUUUAUUCAAAGUUAAUUUGCUUUAAUUUGAAUAAAGAGGAAAGGUGGAGGAAGUAGCCUAUGUUUUGUAAAGGGAUGAAUGGUAGACAGCAAGUUGUAAGAUGUGGAUGUGCAGGUCAGAAAUAAUGGGGUUUAGGUGGACAGUGGGAGAGGCAGGAGUUUGUCACACUUUGCUGGGGAAUCAAGUUCUAAUUUCAUACUGCAUGUGAUUGUAUUUCCUUGGAUUAUGUUCUUAGGUUUUUAUCCUAAAUACUUUCAUAUCACAUACUUGCAUAAUGUUUUACAUCCCAGUAAUGAUGCAGUUCUUUUGCCUUUCUAGCUCAUUAAAACAAUGUGUAUAGUCUUAGCCUGUUGCUUUAGUGUAUCAAAUCAAAUCAAAUCAAAUGUAUUUAUAAAGCCCUUCUUACAUCAGCUGAUAUCUCAAAGUGCUGUACAGAAACCCAGCCUAAAACACCAAACAGCAAGCAAUGCAGGUGUAGAAGCACGGUGUGUCACCUCAAGUUAGCAUACCAAUGUAGGUAGCAGGAACGAACAGGUUUACGCUACCUUCCACAGUGAUGUUUAUGCAAUGUGUACAGUAUUUCACCAUUUUCUGAGAGCUCUAUUUCAAAUGGUUUGUUUGAUAUCUACUCCAGUGUAUAGGGUACCUGAUAAAAGUGUCAGUGCUCUUGAAUAGAAUUACAAAAUGUAUUGGACACUCAGAAACUAACUGGCCUACCUCCAGCUACAACCAAAAACAAAUAGAAAUAUUGGGUAUUUAUUACUUCGCGAUUUUGUGAACCUUUAUUUAAUUGAAAUGUUGGUUAGAUAGUACGAUAUGUUUGCAUGAGGUCAGGAAUGUCCAAAAAACACUGCAGUUAUGACAAAUCUCAGCCUGGAUUUCCAAUAUAAUUCAUCUUUCCCUUCAUGUGUAGGCCUACUCCCCUGAGUCCCAGUUAGCUGUAGCCCUGUCUGAGCUUCACCCUUCACUUAAUGCUGGCAUUAAGGCAAGUUACACACCAGAGACUAUUUCCGAGUUUGCUCACUUUAAAAAAAAUAAAAAAAUGUUUAUUUUCUUAUUUGUUUUAAGUUAUUGAUACAGGUUGACCUUUGUUGUGUUCAGGUUAUGCUAUGAAGAACUGUGUAUUUCUUUGUUUAAUGGCCUACCUUUUAAGAUUUUACUGAAGAAUUUAGUUUUCUUUCUUUCUGUUUUAUGGUUUAGCUUGUUUAGCUUGUUUUGUUAAGGGGCAAUUUACAUUUGUGUUGAAUUUGAUGUGUUUCAUAAUAAACUUGUAACAAACCUUUUA